AUGCAGCGUCCAGCAGUACUCAACAGUUUGAGAUGCUCCAGUGCAAACCAAGUUCCUGAUUAUGAGGAGGAAACAAAGCCUUUGAAACCGCCACCUUUACCACCAUUUUAUCGGGAUUCUAUACCUGGUGGGAGCCAACAUGCUCAUCCACCACCCCCGGGAAUUGAGCCUGUGACCCUGCCUACACAGACACAGCCUGAGCUCUUACCUCCUAAAACUGAUAUAGAGAGACCCAUUCUGCCUCUUAGAUGUACACAGGGUGUCAUGGAGGAGUACCAGUCUGACUCUCCCUCAAGAGGCUCCCCGGGUCCUUAUGAACCAAUUGUUCCACCUCCACCAGACAUUCAGCCAGUAAUUGACAGAAUGGCUAUGUAUGUGGCCAAAAAUGGAAUCGAAUUUGAAAUUGUGGUCAAGAGUAAAAAUGAUCCAAGAUUUGAGUUCCUUUUACCACAUCAUGUUCAUUUUCCUUACUAUGAUUUCAAAAAGCAGAUUCACAUGAGG